AUGCAUUCAAUAAAUCAAAAAAUUAUUUUAAUAUUUUCCUCAAUUAUUUCCCUUCUUCCCUCAUUUAUUUACUCAUCAAACAAAACAACAGAUAUGCCAUUAGAAGAUAAAUUAAUUAUUUUAUGUUCAGAUGCCCCAAAUAAACAAUUGAGGAUUUUUUGUGAACAAUUACACAAAAGUGAUAUUAUUGCUAGAAAAUAUUUGGAAGUUGCGGCAUUAAGGUUAGAGCCUAAAUCUGCACAAGAAUGUUUUAAUUUUUUGUGUAUGUGUAAAUAUUUUAGGGGAAAAGUAAAAAAAGGUAUUUGUAUUUUACCAAACGGAAGUCAUCUAAAAAAGUCUGUAAGAAAAGAAUUUAGAAUGCUAAGUGACAAGGAAAGAGAAAAAUUUAAUAAAAUAUUGAGAAUAAUGAAAGAAACUGGAGAUUAUGACAAAUUCGCAAAUCAACAUAAAACAGUAGUUGUUGAGGGAGGUGCUCAUUCUGGACCGGCUUUUUUGCUUUGGCACAGAGAAUUUGAAAUAACAAUGAGACUAUAUGACCCUUCAAUAUCUCUUCCUUAUUGGGAUUCUGUGUUGGAUUCAAGAAUACCUAAAUCUGCAGAUUCUUAUUUAUUUUCUAAUGAGUUAUUUGGAGAAACAGACAAUAACCAAAGUGUAAUUAAUGGCCCUUAUUCACCGUGGAGAACAUUGGAAGGAAAUCAAUUUAUAACGAGAAGUGUGGGGGAAUCUGGUAGUUGUCUUAAACAGAAAGAUAUUGAUACUAUAAUGAAUAAAAACGGCAUUCUUAAUUGUCUUGGAUACAGUACACCAAAAGAUGUAAAUUUUAAAUUAAUUAACUGUUAA